AUGUACGAGGACCAGCGGUCUACAGUGCUUGCGGUGGAUAAUUUGAAUGGCGCACAGGUAUUAGGAAGGACACUGCGCGUCGACCAUGUAAAUUCAUACAAACAAGAGCGCACACGCGACGCAGAGGGCAAUCUCGUGGAGCCAGAAGAAGAGACAUUCAACUGCGCGCCUCCCGAAACGAUUGUGGACGACGAGGCGGACGAAGACAAUAUCGACCUAUCUGAUCCUAUGGCGGCCUACUUUGCAGACGAAAACAAGCGGCGACGAAGCGAAAAGAAACUAAAUUACGGCUACAUUCAAAGCCGCGGCGAGCGUGCAGGGCAAGAAGAUGCGAUGAGUGUCGCGUGUGUUAUGCUGCCCUGCGAUCAGCUGCGCGAGAAUAUCAAACAUGCAUCGAGGGAAGAGACAUCUAGUCGUGCGCCGUGGGCGGGCUGGUCAUGUGAGGAGGCGGGCGGUGCGGAUAUUGGCGCACAGGUUGCGUGGUUUGCGUGCUUUGACGGGCAUGGCGGCGGCGCCGUUUCGAAGCUGCUUUCCGAAAAGUUGCACCGCGUAUUUGAGCAAGUUUCCCCAGAUAUGGCUACAGAUACUGUGCGGUAUACACGCUCGAUUGGCGGCUACUUUGGCCGCUUUACGGGCGGCCCUCUCGAGCGCUGGGUGCACAAAGAUAGCUUAAACCGUGCCCAGCACCGACAGGAACACCCCAAUCGAAUGGGCUCCCUGGCCGAGCUUGCGUCCCUGGCGCAGUCCAAGGCCAAGCCAGCGCGUUUGGAGCAGUACGACGCAUUCUCCGAAACUCGGGCGCCAGACACUGCACAAACCGAGCGCGUUGCACACGUUCUAGGACUAAGAGACGCACAGUUCACACUCGAAGAGCGUGCCACGCUUGCGUGGCUUAUGAUGGACCGUGAAGUUCAGCAGAAUGAGGUGUACCGCAACGUCGGCUCCACAGCGUCUGUCCUACUCUUGCACAGUCUUGACCAGCCUGCUAAACCGUGGUACGACAGCGAGUACGUCUCGCUCACCACCGUGCAGCUUGGCGAUACACGCUUUGUUUUGUGCUCUACCGAGGACGGGAACGCAAUUCCGCUCACGCUGUACCACCAUCCAGACGAACCUUCCGAAGCGAACAGACUCCAACGGCUCGGCGCUGGGAUUGUCACGGAUAGUUUUGGCGAGAUGCGGUGGAUGGGAACGCUGGCCAAUACGCGUGCGUUUGGCGAUGCGGCAGCCAAAAAGCUUGGUGUGACGGCAGAGCCGGAUGUGCGGUCACACGUCAUCCAAGGUGAUCAAGCCGCGUUUGUGAUUGGGUUCAGCGAUGGGAUAGGAGACGUGAUGAGCGAUCAAGAGGUGGUGGACUGCUGCCGCGGCGCAAAGCACCCACAGGAUGCGGCGAAGAGCGUGUUGCGGUACGCAGAAGCUAUCGGAAGUGAGGACAAUGCAACAGUGCUUUGUAUUCCACUGCGUGGCUGGGGCCAUAUCAAAGGUCAGGACUGGACCAAGGCGCAGCGCAAGCAGCGGGUCUCAGAAGUUGAUCUAUUUAGGGACCGCCGGAAGUAG